GAUGCUUCCAUCAGUGUGUCACAUCCUGAAGUCUCUUUGCUGCAGUCCAAAGAUUUGCUGCUGUUUGCAUCUGCUGCAGGUCUUUGAUGCUGCAGCUAUUGGGACUAUACAGAUCUUAGUGGGCCUGUUUAACAUUGGACUUGGGCCGGGACGAACAAGCACACAUCCUGGGGACCUCACCAGCCUGGGAGCUGCUUACUGGCUGGGUGCUGUGUUCAUUGUUAGUGGAAUUGUGUCCAUUUUGGCUGGACAACUCCGUUCAUCCUGUUUGAUGGGCUUCUCUGUUUUCAUAAAUAUUGCUGGUGGGAUCUUUGCCAUUGCUGCCAUUGUGCUGUAUGGCAUAGACCUGAGAGACGCCUCUCUCCUCUGGAUUUGUGACCGCAGCAGCGAUGAUGCUGUUCAUUAUGAAGACAACUGCAGAAAUGUAGCGCUUUUUGCCCAAAAAUUACUGAAAUCCUUGGACAUCACACUGAUCACCCUGGCUCUUCUUCAGCUGGCUGUCAAUAUUCGUUAUGCUAUUUGGGGCAUCAGAGCUCUGUGUCCACAGGGUGACAAAGAUGUCGAGGAACAGUUGCCACAAGUCAUGGAAGAGAUCAUCCCGAUCCAUCCCGGAAAUGAAAACUGA